AUGAACAAGACAAUUGCUCUCAUCAGCGGCGCCAACCAAGGCAUUGGUCUAGCAACAGCAGGCCGUCUAGCCCGCGAGCACGAUUUCCACGUUAUCAUGGGCUCUCGCAAUGCCGACAACGGCACAAAAGCAGCGCAACAACUGCAAUCCGAGGGCCUCUCAGUUGAAAGCGUGCAACUAGACAUCUCCUCCGACGAGUCAAUCACCCAUGCAGCCGAGUACAUCACGCAGAAAUACGGCAGACUAGACGUGCUCAUCAACAAUGCCGCAAUUCUCAUCGACGGGCCCAAAGGCAACAAGGUCAUCCCUAACAUCACCACUCGCCAGCUCUUCGACCUCACUCUGUCCACCAACGUCACCGGGCCGGCGUGUUUGACCGAGGCCAUGACUCCGCUUCUACGCAAAGCAAAGCAGCGUCCUUGCAUCGUCUUCGUUUCGUCGCGUAUGGGCUCGUUGGCUGAGAGUCUCAAUCCCGAUACCCCGUUUUAUAAGUCCGACUAUAAGUCGUAUGAUGCGAGCAAGGCUGGGGUCAAUGUGUUGACUGCCAAUUAUGCGCGUAUCCUGGGCGCAGAUAUGAGGGCGCGUGUUAAUUCUGUUUGUCCUGGUCUUAUCAAAACGAAUCUCAUCGGCUAUAUGGAGGCUGGGGACACGCCGGAUCGUGGUGCCCAGCGUAUUAUCGAGAUGGUUACUUUGGCUGAGGAUGAUGAGACAACGGGAACAUUCUCGGAUCGUUGGGGAAAGAUAGAUUGGGGGACAUCUAUGAGCGUCGACCAAAUCACCAAAAACCUGAAGGGAGGUAGCAGUUUGAGCGUUUCUGGCCUUGAUGUAUUCCCUUCUCCAGUCCUCUUCAGUCUGUGCUUCCCACUCGGUCUUGGUGCAAGGCAAUGGCACGUCUCGAGUGACCUCGGCGACUCUACAGCGAGUUCCGGUGCGGAUGUGAUAUACUAG